AUGAAUCCAAAGUUCUGGCUGGCAACCAUGUUUGUGAUGUCCCGGAUUGGUGUACUCAACGCCAACAGACAGUGCCAUUUAAUGGAAAGCUCCAUUUUCGGAAUGUACCUGAAAGGUCACGUGUUUAAAACGUAUCGCGAUCAGUUGCCUAGAGAGUGUUAUUUCCGGUGUGAGGAAGAAGUCACGUGUCAGAGUUUCAAUGUCGUCAUUGGGCAAAACAUCUGUGAACUGAACAAUCGUACAAAGGAAGCAAGACCGGAAGAUUUUAUGCCGGAUCAGAGAAGAUUUUACGUGAAGCGUUUUAGAAGCAGAGGUACUCUUUACGUUCCCUCUCUUAACUUUUUGCAUUUGCAUUUCUGGGCAAACUUGUUCUUUAAAUUUUUUAUUCACGAUUUAAGAAAACGCAGAGAAACAAAAUUUAUAGACUCAGAUGUGUUCCUAUGCCGAGCCUUUUGAUGAUUCAAUUUCGGGGAUUGUUUCAAUAUUGGUAAAGUAUUUCAAAAUACAGAGACAAGUCAAAAUUAAAGAAAGGACGUUUUGGAAUCAUCGUCUCAUCAACGUCAUCGUGGGAGGAUUAACAAUUGGUUCAUACGUCAGCGUGUGUUCAUCGAGAUAUGCAGCACGCGGUAAGUUUGGAGAGCACGAAAGAUGCGUAAGAGUCGCUCUCGGCUACGCCUCGAGCAACUCUUACACAUCUUUCGUGCUCUCCAAACUUACCGCGUGCUGCAUAUCUCGAUGAUCGCACAACUGACGUAUGAACUAAUUGCUUUAUAACGUUUUCAAUCCGAUGGAAAAAUUUUUUUCUUGAGGGAUUUGUUUGCUGACGUCAUGAGCGUGCAUAAUAGGAAUAUGAAGCAUGCUCGCGCAAUUGAAUUUGAUUAGACAAAUUUACUAGCAAUGUUAUAAUAAUACUUGACUUAAUUAUGAAGUUAAGCAACUCUUUUCCUUAGUCACCUUGAAAAUGGUGUAAUGAUGAUACCGAAAUGUUGGCUUUUUUCGCUGCGUUAUUGUUGCUGUAUUCCAUCUCAUUUCUUAGUCUAGAUCUGAUAGAAUUAGCACAGUUUUUAUUUCUUUCUGCUUUUACGCAAGCAGGAAAGGUAGGAGGUUUUUUUCCUCUCCUGUCGCAUCAGGGGGUAUCGAACUGCAAGAUGGUGUAAACUUCUUACAUGAAAUUCCGUUUUUCUGACGUAGUUCCCCUCGGAUCUACCAAAGAACUUCCAGCGGAAACCUGUAGUGAGAUUGAAGCGAGUGAAGGGAACCAGAUGGCUGACGGGAAAUACUGGAUUUACUCUAAACAGAAUAGCAAGGUCAUCGAAGCUUAUUGUAAAGGUAAAUUGUGUAACUAAAUUAUUCAUUCAUCACCCCCCUUGACGUGUUCUCCUAACCCGACUUGUUUUUUUAAACCUACCAAAAUAACAUCUCGUCGCAGUGUAAAAAGGGAAAUUAUAGUACAAGAGGGGUUUGUUUUCAGUGAUUCCAAUAGAACUGUAAACUCGGAGAAGAAGAUUAGUCAAUGACGUGAAUUGUUCUUUUUCUUUUUUUACAAAAUUGUUUUAGUGGCGUAUGGGAAUAGAUUGAAACAACUAUUCAGAUCACGACGCCGAGAAGGACAAUGUUUUAACUUUUUUAUCAUUGGAAUUUUCCUGCAAAUGGCUGUUAGUUACCAUUCGAAAUGCAUCGACUGACUAGCUAUUUUUUUUAUUAAUAAAGUUUAAUUAACUUUCAAAACUAUCUACCUAUCCUAUUGCUAUAUCUUAGGGAGCUGGCAAAAGAUAAAUUGUGAAGAACCCGUCUGCUUUGAAGCCAAAGAUAAUCAGUAUGGUUCCUUCAACAUGACAAAGAGUGGACGAGUGAAGACAAUGAAGCUUAUUUACAGGUCAGGGUCGGUGCGCUGCAACUAUGAAACUAAUUCAUCCUACUGGGGCUGCACUUACCCAGCGUAUGAAGAAAAUUUGAUGACAAUCAUCACAGAUGCAAAUAAGAAGGCCAUUCUGCCCCCCGCCGAAGACUUGAAAGCUUAUUCUGAUAACAGAGAAUACUUGUACAGUCUUCCUGGAUAUCACCAUAAUUCAAAUGAGCUGGUUUUUCGCAACCUCGUCAAUCCGUUGUCUGUCUCGAGCUACCAAGAGAUGCAGAUAUGGUACGGACAGGAUUGGAUGGACCACUCAGAGGAAAACAACAGCGGUAAAACUUGUAUUGAUGUGUAUGCAUGGUAUGAGUGA